AUGGGGCAUUCGGAGGGUAAGGAGGGUUUGAGUUCAACCAAGGUUUCAGUUCUUGUGGGCUUCAUUUUUUCUGAGGCCUAUUCUAUUGGCUAUUGUGGUCUCUACUCGGCUGUUAUGUUUAAUGCCACAAACAAUGAUGUUACUGAUGCCGGUAAUGAGUAUGAUUUUUAUAGUGGCCAUGCGGUAAAGACAGGAACUGAAGCUGGUACAGCUAAUCAUGCUGAACAAUUUGAAGCAGUUGGCGACAAAUCGAAUGAGUUCGAUGUAACCAUCUCUUGUAUCAUUUAA